CCACUUCUAAAUAUUGAAAGUCUUAUUUUCAAGGUUACAGGAGAUCACCAAUAUGUGAAGACUCGAUCGACUAAUGCCCUCUUGAUCUUUCUGCUUCUCCUCCUUAUUUCUGGAAAUUGCUGGGGAAGGCAGUUGAGCAGAGACGACGGAGCGGUACUCAAUUUCGGUUGGAAAACAACCGUAUAUGGAAUGGGAGAAUGUAUAUAUGAUCAAUGCCAAAUGGAAUGUGAAAGAAAACUUGGGACGGCUGCUGUUGCUGACUGUCGUUUUGUAACCAUAGUAUGUGACUGUUAUUUGCAAUGUUGAGAUCAUCAUCAUCACAUAUUUUUCUACUGGAUGUUUGAAUAAUUUUUUUUAUAUAUAAACUAGUUUGUAAUAACUAUAAGGAUAGAAAAUUUCUAUAUA